CUAGCCCUUUUGCGGAACUGGUUGGCUGCGCCCUUUUGCGUAACCGAUUGGCUGAGAGAGAGAAGAGAGAGAAGAGAGAGAGAGGACUUUGUGGUGUAGUCGGCUCUUGGCUAGACGAGGUGGAUCGGCGGUCGGUAGAUGCGGCGAUGGCUAAGAAGAGGAAAUCGGACGCAUCGAGGCUGGACGAGGUUGAUCGGACCAUGUACUCAACCUUCUGCAGCGCUGCAAACUCACUUUCGCAGAUUUACACACAGGCGAUGAGCCAGCAGAAGGUCGCCUUUCAGGCUGGCGAGCGCCACGGCUUGGAGAAGCUCUACCAGUGGAUUAUAAGACAGCAUGAAGGAGGUUCCAGAAUUACGUUAGCUGAUAUUGUUGGCUAUUUGCAGAAUGAGAUUGAUGAUGGAGGACAUGAUUCAUCAACAUCUCCGAGGCUGCACUAUGCUAGUCAGCAUCCCCAAGCAACUUUUACCUUAACCUCGAACGUCCAGACCCCUAGUGGCUUACUUGGUUCAGCUGUUGGGUUUGUGCCUCGGUCAUCCAAUCAAACUGAUCAAUCAAAGAACUCUGUUUUCUCAAAUGCUCUCUCCAGCCCUGUUCGGCAGAGUCUCCAACGAUAUCACCUUGCUCAGGGUGAUGACUUCUACUCAGCUGGUGGCAUCAUGCCUCCUGGAAUAGGAGCCCGGAACAGCGAUGGAAACCGGGAGGCCAACUCCCAUGAUUCAACCAUGGACAUGCAUUCAGAUAGUCCAGCUCAUGACUCAUAUUGACUUAUUGAGGAAGCCAAGAUUGCCAUUUGUGGUUUCCUUUUGUUGUCCUGCUUCUCUUUUUGAGGUGCUUGUCAGGGUGCGUUGGUUCCAGGGAAAGAGUUGUUAUCAGAAGGGUUUGGAGGAUUUGGUCUGCUUAUUGGUUUGGUGAAUUAUCUGAAGAAAAAUAAUAAAAAUGUAUCUAGCAAGUCAGGAACAGGUGAAGUUUUCUUUUAACGUUUCUUGUCCGCCAACUUAUUUUAUUGUACAUAUCUUCCAUUAGUUAAAUCUUUGUUGCUCCCGUGAGCGAGGAUUCUGCAAGUAAAAUACAUUGGAACUCUGGAUGUUUGUCAGUUACAUAUUUUGACAUAGUUAACAAAUGUUUUUUAACCUU